UGACGUGCUUUAUUUUUUGUACAAAUAAAUAAUUUUAAAUUUGUCGUUAUGGGCGAUCACAACGAGGGGAACCGAGGGCAGGAUGUAUCUAACCCGAAAGAAAAGUCCCCAUUUCAAAGACCUUCAGCUGAAGGUGGACCCGGUCGGCCUCCACCAAGUCGUUACAUUCAAACCACUGAGAACGAUAAGAAUACCACGUUUGAGAAGUGCGUCAUUAUAAUCUGCUGGAUCCUUGUGGUGGUCACAUUCCCAUUCUCCCUGUGCUUUUGCAUACUCGUAGUUCCCGAGUUCGCUCGCCUUAUUAUCCUUCGCCUGGGUCGUCUUAGAAAGGGUCUUCGAGGACCAGGCUUAGUGUUUUAUUUACCUUGCAUCGACGACAUCCACAGGGUAGAUCUCCGCACCGACGUCACCAAUGUUCGACCCCAGGAUGUGCUCACAAAGGACUCGGUGACGAUCACCGUGAACGCAGUCGUGUACUUUAGCAUCUACAGUCCCAUCGACUCGAUCAUCCAGGUGGACGAUGCGCGGCAGGCCACGAACCUGAUUUCCCAGGUCACCCUCCGCAAUAUCGUGGGCUCCAAGACGCUAAAUGUCCUGCUGACCUCCAGGCAGCAAUUGUCACGGGAAAUCCAGCAGGCGGUGGCCGGAAUUACAGCUCGCUGGGGGGUGCGUGUGGAACGGGUGGACGUGAUGGAUAUCAGAUUGCCAUCCAGCUUGGAGCGAUCCUUGGCCAGUGAGGCCGAGGCUGUGAGGGAAGCACGUGCCAAGAUUAUUUUGGCCGAAGGCGAGCUAAAGGCCUCAAAGGCACUAAAGGAGGCAUCAGAUGUGAUGUCGGAGAACAGGAUCACACUACAGCUGAGGCACUUGCAAGUCCUUUCGUCGAUUGCCUCGGAGCGACGUGUCAGGAUCAUUUACCCCAUUCCUCUGGAGAUUAUGGAGCCUUUUUUAAGUAGUAAGGAAAGUCGAAAGGACGAAGGUGAAGGUGGUGGUGGCGGUGGUGGUGGCGGUGGUGGUGGUGCUGCCGGUGGUAGCAAGGAUACACGAACGGAAGGCGGUUAUGGUGGCAGUGGAGUUCUGUCCAAUUUUCUAUUUAGUAGAGAAGAAGAGACGGAACCAAAAGAUAAAGAGGAUGCCAAUCAAGCUGACGUGUCAAACACUUUAGAUUCUGGGAAAGCCUGUUUAUUAAAUCCAAACAUUGCUGAAAGUGUGAAAGAAGUGAAAGAUGCACCCAACCAGAGACCUACAUACGUUGCCUUUGACAUGGAACCAAGUAAACGGAAUUUUACGAAGUUUUCGUCAAAUGAUGAGAGUGCCAAGACGACACAGAACCGAAGCCCACCGAAACGACCAGGAGGCCUGGCGUUUAUGGACCUGCAAUCUUAUCGGGACUUCCUGCGAACUCGUUGGUAAUCAGCCGGCGGGCUGGCAGCCUCCUGGCGGCAGGACAAUAGGAAGGCCAAGCGUGAAAUGAGCAACAGUCACGUCAUUCAAUAUGGCCGCAAACUUGAUUGAAGGGCAUUAUCCUGGCUCCUCAUCCACUGGAGCGACAUUGACACUGCCGCUGAAUGGCCUCCAAGCGGUUUUUGUGACACGAUAAAAAAUAGCUGAAUACUUCGUAUUUUUCACUCGCUGAGAAUGGAAUCCCUGGUGGCAAUUUAUCUCCUUUAAUAAAUUGGAAGUUUUCGAGUCGAUACUUUAA